AGAUCGAGGCUCCUCUCACUGGCUCAGACCGAGCUUUUCGAAGCUCACGGGCCACGAUCCCAGCGAGCGGCCAAGCCACAAGAGCAAGCCAUGGCGCGUGUGGCCGUGUUCAACAUGGAGAUUGUUGGCACCGUCAACCCGGUCCUCCCUGUCGUCGCAGAACUCGUCAAGCAGGGCUGCGACGUGCGCUAUUACCUGUCCAAAGACACCUUUGCGAAGGAUGUGGCCGACCUCGGAGCCAACGUCUACAAGUUUGACGACUUCUUCCCGCGCUGGGCCGAGCUUCUGGAGAGUAAGGAGGAGGCCGCGUGGUUGUCAGCUCACUAUCCAGAAGGAGUGCCAGAACCCUCCGCAAGUGGCGUCCCCAUGCGAAUGCUCUACUACAGCCUGCCCGCAGGCGUGUGCCUGGGCCGGCGCCUGCUGGAGACCUGGUCCUCCUGGCGUCCGGAUAUCGUGCUGUACAACUGCAUGCUGCUCCAUCCCUACCUCGCUGCCCGCAAGCUGGGCAUCCCCACUUGCUCCUUCUCCACCUACCCGGGGCCAGGCACGCCGAUGCACCUCUACGCGCUGAAGCCGCAGGAGAGGGAAGCCUUCGACCAGUCCUUGGCGCAAAGCCCCGGCUUGCGACCGGCCAACGAGAUCGCCAAGGAGUUCUUUGGGGUGGAUGUCUUCGAGUCACAGUUGCUUUGCCGGUUCUUCAGCCCAGACAGGAACCUCGUGUUCUCGAUCCCUGAGCUGCAGGGCGUUGUCGAAAAGCACCAGGAGAAGCGCCUGGUCAGCUCUUCCUUUCGCUGGGUGGGGUCUACGGAUCCCGAGCUCAGCGGGCGGGAACCUCGCGUGGCAGCAGAGCCGGAGGCGGGGGACGAGCCCUGGCUGGUGCCUGCAGGCGUCAAGGUGAUCGUCGUGUCCCUGGGCAGCAUGACGGUGGACAGCCGCUGGGAGGCCCCUGAGCACGUGUCCUCCACGGGCUUCGUCACCGGGCGGCAGUUCAGCCAGCGGCUCUGGAGCGAGCUGAUCGAGUUCUUCGGCCACCGCUCCGACGUGCGGGUCAUCCUUGCGGUGGGGCCCAAGGAGGAGGCCGUGGAAAUGCUCGGAGAGCUCCCGCCCAACGUGGUGGCCCGGCGAUAUCUGGACCAGGUGGCCGCGCUGAGCCACGCCGACGUCUUCGUCACGCACGGGGGCUUCAACAGCAUCAAGGAGGGCAUUCUUCUGGCCGUGCCCAUGGUAGUGGUGCCCUUCUGCGUGGAUCAGCCGACCAACGGGGAGGCCAUCGAGCGGCAGAAGGCGGGCCUGUGCUUUCCGGAUCUUCUGGCCACACCCCGAGGCGAGCUCACCGCGGCAGUGGAGAGAUCGUUCUGCGAGGAGUUCCGCCGGCGCAGUGGCGAGCUGGGGGAGGCGUUGCGGGCUGCCGGCGGCGCUCCGGCGGCGGCGGAGGCUUGCCUCUCCCUCCUGAGCGAGCGUGCCAGCGCCGGUGGGGCUUGAGGUUGGAGUCAUUGCUCAGAUCCGCAAGCGGGCGUGCGCCCUUUUUUUUGGAGGGAUCUGGCUUGGUUGUACAGGGAAGCCGUUUGGGGAGCGUACGAUUUUCAGACGCACCCCAGUGAGAACGCGGAGCUGGGGUCGAAAUUGCCAAGGCACCCUGCCUCCUGAGAAAGGAGAGGUGCUCGGCACACCAUCUGAUUGUAAAGUCCGUUGCAAUGGCAACGCUCUCUGGUCCUGAGAAGCCGGAUUGUACAGGCUGCCAGUUUCCAUUGAAGCGUUUGUAUAGGCCAACUUGUGCAAUCUCACGCGCUGGACAUAUUUCGCUCAGCUUGGGCUCUUUCAGAGCUUCCGCCAAGGCAAAAA